AUGAUUUCAUUCCUUGCAAACAUAUUAAUGAUACUGCCUCAUAUCAAAUGCUAUAUUCCUCUUGGUAAAUGUACUGUGGGGGACCCCCUCUUUAUUACGCACAAGAAAUAUCACUCAGAAGAUCUGGUUAUUGGUGGAAUUACUUCUCAGAUUUACGCAUUUUCCAACACAGUAACAUUCAUAAAGAAUCCAUCUAAAGAAAUAGUUGAUGAUUUCCUAAUUCAUCUUCAGAAUUUUCAGCAUAUCCUGGCCUUGGAAUUUGCUAUCAAAGAAAUCAAUGAAAAUCUCCGGAUCUUACCCAAUAUCACACUGGGCAUCCAUGACUCUAAUAGCUAUUUCUUGGCACGAUGGAUCUAUCUCGCUUCCAUGGAACUUCUCUCUUCCAAGGGAAGAUUCAUCCAAAACUACAAGUGUGAUCUCAAGGACAAUGUGGUAGCUGUUCUUGCAGGACCUAAUGCUUUCAUUGGCCAGUUCAUGUCGAAUAUUCUGAGCGUUUACAAGAUUCCACAGCUCACAUAUGGCUCUGCUCCAGUGAUAGAUGACAGCACACAGGCUGUUUUCUUGCACCGGGCAUUUCCAAAUGAAGAUCUUCAAAUCAAGGGGAUCAUCCAAUUGUUGCUAUAUUUCCAGUGGAUAUGGAUUGGGCUUAUUGUCCAAAGUACUGAGAAACGAGACAGGUUUCUACAGAAUAGACUUGCCAUAUUUUCUCAGAAAGGUAUUUGCUUUGACUUUGUGGAAGAGUUACCAAAAGCGUCUGUUUCUGAUGAACUAGAUAAUCUGCUUACACAUUAUGCAAAAGUUUACAAUGUUAUCACGAGGAGCAAUGCGAAUGUUGUGAUUAUCUACUGUGAAAAUGAUGACAUGGUCGUUCUGAGAAUGUUGUCAAAGACAUCUAAUGAAGUUGCAGUGAAGAGUAAAGACAAAAUUUGGAUAAUUCCAGCCCAGAUGGAGUUCUCAUCACUCCCUUUUCAAAGACAGCAAAGUAUGGAUUUCAUCCAUGGUUCUCUGUCUUUUCAAGUCUCCUCAGAGGACUUCUUGGAAUUCAAGGGAUUUCUUCAGAGGAGAAAAGUUACUUCUGCAGAGGAAGACAGCUUGAUCAGAGUGUUUUGGGAAAGUGCAUUUCAAUGUUCUUUCUCCAAUGCCAUGUUAGAGGAAGACGCGGAGAAUGAAUGCACCGGUGAGGAGCCACUGGAGACCCUUCCUAAGUGUGUUUUUGACACCAGGAUGACUGGUCAGAGUUACAGUGUCUACAAUGCAGUCCAUGCUGUGGCACAUGCUUUGCAGGCCAUGCUUUCAACGCAGGACAAACUGACGGCAACCAGAAAAGGUUCCAAAGAGAGUACUCUGAAGGAGAACCUGUGGCAGGCACAACCCACUUCUGCGUGCAAUGAUCAUUGCUUUUCAGGUUCUAAUAAGAUAAAAAUAGAAGGCAAACCUUUUUGCUGCUAUGAUUGCCUUCAGUGUCCAAAAGGCAAGAUUUCAAAUAAGACAG